GUAGCGAGAACCACGAAAUCAAAAUGUGGCAACUCCGCCACGGUUUGUUUUUUCAAUUUCUUAACAAAUUCAGAAGAUUUUUACUGUGGCCGCAUGUAUAUUUAAUAGAGCUCAGCAUUUGCAUGUUAUAAAUAAGAGAUUUUACGGAAAGCAGUGCUCUUUGCAGUUGAGAAGUGAGUCGGUCAAGGGAGUAUCAGUGGGAGGGUGGAUAGUGAUUGUUUAUAUAAAUCAUACAUUGUUUUAAUGAACGAUUAUGGAAAAGUUAUUGGUGCAGUAUGCUGAAUAAAUUGAAAAAACAAAACUUCGGAGUGUAACAUUAAAAACAUGUUCAUUGAACAACACAUAUGUUCGGUGGACAUUGUUGCAAGGAAUUCAUAUAAACUGAAUUUGUGCGUUUGUAGUAAGCACUUCCAUAUAUAGCGCAAACAUAUAGUGAAGUCGAAACAAAGUGCGAAUAUAAUAUAUUUACAUAUAUGUAGGUAGCCUGGAAUCGCUAGCUACGAAACUGAUAAAUGUGUAUAUUUUCAAAAGGUUAGUGUUCAUUUAGAGACUUAACAAUGAAUACCGCCCCAUCAACGUCAGAAAUGACGCCACAACGAAAGCGUGUUGGAAGGCCACCUAAAGCAGCGCAAUUAAAACAAACGACUGACGUUGCCGUGCCAUCACAAGCGGAGAGUACCUUAACAACGGAUCAAACGAUUGAUGCAGAAAAGUCUAUGGGUCGUGUAGAAAAUGACAAUAUUAUGGAAGUUGAUGGCGGUAUCGUGGCUAUAUCCCCACCACCGUCCAUUGCACAAACAGAUACUAUAAAUCCUCGUAUGACUGCUACAGCAACAAACAGCAACGAGUGCAGGCGAAGUUCACGUAAAAAGAUCAUAAAAUUUGACGUAAGAGAUUUACUAAAUAAACAUCGAAAGCCACACAAAAUACAAAUAGAAGCUCGUAUAGAUUCAAACGCUCCACAAACAAUAAAACCUACAACAUCGCCACAAAUUACCGCUGGUAGCAGCACAAUCAGCACAUCUCCAGCUGCAACCGCUGAUUUGAGCAGUAAACAAAAAGCAUUUAUGGAGAAAUCGGCAAUAUUUCGCCGUAUGUCAAUAUCAGAGCAACAGCAUAAGAUAAACGCGCCAAUACUUCCACCACCCUUAUCGUCAGUACCUAAAAUUGGUGUUCUGGGCAAAAAUACAAUAAAUUUGAAAAGUAAUACGGAUACAACAAUUGAUCCAGCGAAAAUAGCACAAGCCAGGCGCCUAAGUCGUACUCAGGAAAUAUUCAAUGCCAGCCUGAUAAAAUCAAAACAGAAUUCCAGCUUGAUAGUAGCGCAAAUUGAAAGUAAUAAUGCUAGUUCCAGCAGUGGGUUCAUGUCGCCAGCAGUUGUGGCCAUUCAGCAACAGAAAAAGUCAACAAAUGUAUCCAACAAACGAAAGAAUGUUUCUAAUUCAUUCGCUUCGCCAUCUACAGUAGCUGAUACAAAAAGUUCUCCCAACGAAUCAGGUGUACAAAAGCGACGCGGUCGUCCACCGAAAAAUAAAAUUGCUAUAACUCAAAGCACUUUACCGAAAUCAAACCUGAAACUGGACUUUCAUAUUACUGCCGAAGAUAAAGAAGAGGAGGACGCGCAGCAGCAUCAACUUGUCGAAGGGAAAAGUGAAGCACAUAGUGAUAACCUUACUUCUCAAAGUGCUACAAACUGGACGGAGUACAAAGCUAAUUUAAAAUGUGAAACCCCUAAUGAAGUGCAAAAGCCAAUACCAACCGAGCAGAGCUAUGUACAAAGUGAAGAUGUCAUCUUAGAAAUAUCAUCUACUUCUUCUAUAUCUGAACAUGAAUAUCAGACUCAGACUCAGACUAAAACAGUACAGGCUACAAAGGAUGUACAUGAGUCACAACAACGAAAUUUCGCCUCCGUCUGCUUUUGGCAAGAUAGUCAAAAUGUUUGUGAAGCUACAUCUGCGCCCGAAUUCAUUGUUGCCGCUGUUGAGGAGAUAACAUCGGAAAAUGUGCCAGCUGAUAAAUCGUUACCCGCUGAAACUGUAGGUUCCGUUGAAAUAUUGUCCGAUUGUGAUCAAAUUAUUGCAAUUGAGCUGGACGGUAAUAAAGAAGUUGUAGGCGAAUCGGAUUCUCUCUCAGAAAUGACAUUGGAAAUGCCCAGUACCAGUCGCAAAUCGAGCGGUUCGGAAUCGGAGAGCAGCUCAGAUCGCAGUAACAAAAGUUAUAAGAAGGGUGAUAAGUUGCGUGUUUCUUUGAAACGCUUAACGUUGCCUCAGAACGCUGUUACGUCGGCGAUUUCGUUAUCAUCAUCAGCAUCUAGCAGUUGUAGUGACGUUAUAGCUGGCACCGACAAUAAUAGCAACAACAACAACAACAACAGCGGCGCAAGUAGCGGUACCACUAUAAGCGCUACUGAAUUAAAUUCCGUAACAGCAAGUAAAAGCCUACCCACAAGGCGAUCUCAUCGUUUUCCUAAAAAAGUACUUGACACUGAAGUUACAGUGGGAGAUCCUAAACCUCUAGCAAAAAUAGCUGGCGUGGAUGAGGUUGUACUGCCAAUGGAGGGCGUUAUCACAACGGCACCAAAAACGGAUAUUUGCUUGGAACACACGAAAGAAGAAAGUGAAAACAUCGCAGCAACAACAACAACUGAAAACGUUACUGUGGAUUCAAUAACACCGCAGCAAGUUGAGACUGCAACCGUUACUGUUGCUACAGUGGAGCCCGCUUCCGAGCAAACAACCGAGAUACCGCAAUCAACAAGCAACAUUGUACCAGAAGCCGCAGCUGAGAUGACCAUUGAGCAAACAAACAAAAUUUAUAAAGGAAAAGAGCAUAAAGACAUUAGCGAAGACUCGCCAACUGUAUCGCGCGACACGAAAAAACAAAAACAAAUUACUUUACCACUUAAGAAACAGGUGAGCAAGUUUAAAAUGUACGAAGCGGCCGUACAUAAUGUGGUGGCAAAUGUCCAGACAAGUACUCUGUUGGAUAUAUUAAAUACAGUUAAGCAGAACGACUUAACAAUGGGAACGAAAUCAACGCAGCAACGGGUUGAGUUGGUGCCCACUGAGAUUAUAGCACCUAAAGUAAGAGGCGAUAAUAUGCCAACCACUGCAACGGUCGAGAGUAGAUUUGAAGCUCUAACUGAAGGUGGUGAUCUGUCAGAUAAAAGUGUCACGACACUUGAUUCGGCAGACAAAUUACAAGAAACCGAGCAGGAUAGUUCUACCGAGACGAACAAAGAGCCAUCGAAAUGUGUUCAUAUCGUUAAAAGUGGAGAUGAAGGAGAAAACAUUUCACAAGAUGAGUCCAACAAUCGCAUAGACCUACCCACUGAAAUAUGUGAAAUAUCAGAAACGGUAACGGAGUGCGAUUAUACAACACUGCCAGUAGAAGAGAUCGUAAUACAAACUACUUUCUCUGCUCAAUCUUUAGAAGGUAUGCAAACUUCGACGAAUGAAGAAACUAAUAUUGUAGAAACAGUGACAGACGGAAGUAAAAUUAUUUUGUCAACAGAAUCCCAAGCACUAUCCCCCAGUGUUACAGAGCAAACGGCAGUUAAUGUGUUGGAUGAAAGUAGUUCGGAGGAGAUAAUUUCGACAACGGACUCGCAAUCUUCACGCGACGAAGUGAAUAGAAGUAGUGCUACGAAGACCCCAUCCCCGACACUUUCGGAAACUUCCAAUGGAAAGUCUGCAAAGAAACCAACUCGCCGCAAUGAGAGACGCUCAAAGCGUGGUGAUAAUUCGGGCCAUAAAACAUUAGAAGAGACCUUCGCAGAAAUAGCUGCAGAGAGUUCAAAGGCUGUCUUGAAGUUAAAGGCGCAGAAAGUCGACGUAGAUAAUGGAGGCAUAACAGAAAGGGUGACUGAACAGGAUUUAGCUGAGUCACACAUUUCCUCGCAACAAGAUGAUAUUACCAAAUCUGUUGAACCAAUUAAAUUUACAGUCAAUGCAACGGAGGAUUCUACGAGCGUUGAGUCAAGCCAUGUUCCUGUUGGUACAACUGAGCCAAAAAAUUUUGACGAAGAUGAAGUGCCAAAUGUACAAAACACCGUAGAAAUUACAACAGAGGAAAUAGCAAUAGAAGCAAGCAAGGAUUCGUCUGCUAAAGGCGAUGGCGCUGUGCCAAAAGUAGUAUUGCUUCAAGAUGAUACGGAUAAUAAUUCCAAUCAUUCAUCACCUUCACGACGUGGUCGCAAGGCGAGAAACAAAAAAGCGAGUAAUAAACCAGCUACGAACACGCCUCAUAUUACUGCGGAUUCUUUGAGUGGAAAUAAAUUGGAAGCCACAGGAGAGAAUGCGUCUAAUGAGCCACUAACUGCCGUUACAAAUACGACCGCCGAAUGUAAUAUAGAAAUAUCACAACCAAAUUUGCAGUCAACAAUAAUGGAAAAGGUCGUUAAAGAACCCGAUAAUGUUGAUCUUAUCACUGAAACAUUACAAGAAGAGAAGACCAAAGAAUUAAUCCAUGAUAAAGUACUGGCACCUGAAGAGAGAGAUUCUACAAUACUAACGGUAGAACAUUCAUCUGAGAGUCAUCUAGUCGUAAGUACUGCAUACGUCGAAAACGUCGAAACAGCAAAUAUAUCCAAUGCCACACAUUAUUUGAGUAGUGAUAAUAUAGAAGAAAUUAAAGACAAAUCUGAACCAUCUACAUCAAAAACUCGAAAACCCAAAAAACCUACGAAUUUGCCUAUACGACAAGCCGAGGACGUCGAUCUGGGAGUAGAUACUGAAGAGAGGCAAAGAGAGUGUGAGCAAAUCGACGCCGUUAAAGCUGAAGAGCGAAAUGAAGAAGAAGAAGAAAAGAUUAUAAAAGCAUCCGCGGAGUUGUUUCAAAAUGAAUCAGAAAAUGUUGAUAAAAAUGGGUCUUCAACCUUAAAAAAGUAUUCUAACAUUGAUUCUAAAGUAGACACUGAUAUAAAUACCGAAAUGGUGGCACAAAAUGUGGAGCUGCCAGUGCAGCGUGAACAGUCAGUUACACCAAUCGAUAAACCAAAAAAAGGUAGGAAACGAAAAGGUAAUAAGUCCGAAGAGAAAUUUAACGAGUUGGAGACUAAAGACCAAAAUAAAUCAGAAGAUUGGGAAAGUGUUGAGACUAAAGAAAAAGGUAGCGAUGCAGAAGCCACUGUUGGAAGAACGCGAAAGCCGGAAAAGGAAAAGCCAGUAAACGAAGCGGAUAAUGAUAUUCAGAGUGAUGUAGCGAUCGAAGUGCCAAACACAGCUGAAUAUAUACUAAAGGAAUUGGCUAAAGCACCACCUAAGAAACGCCUACUUAAAAUGCAGAUGGAAAUUGAAGAGAAAAAUUGUGCUCCCAACUCAGAAAUUCCAAGUGCAAGCCUGGCUGGCGCUGAACAAAAACCGUCUACAUCAAAGAAACCAGCAAACAAUUCUGGUAAAUCCAAAGAAUCUACACAGAAAAAAACUAAGAAGGAAUCGCAAUCGUCUGAACAAAUAAAAAAACGAGAGAGCCUCGAGAGUCAAAUCGAAUCUUCACUAGAUGAGGAGAGUCGUUCAGCGACAUCUACACCUGUGGCCAAACGUUUCAAACAACAAACGGCUUUAGAGAAAACACCCGAGGAUAAAACAAAAUCAAGCGGCAAAAGAAAGUCCAAGAUCGAUCAAACAACUAGUAGCAAUGAGAAAAGUGAAAUUAAAGAUAGGGAAAGGAAGUCGUCCGUAUCAAAGAAGUCGGAAAAGAAGCAAUUUUUGGCCAUCGAAGACACUGCAAGUAAUGAGUUAGCUAAGAAAAUGGAGGAAAGAAGUGCUAAGAAAAAAAGACAAAAGAAAUUGAAAGAAGAUUUUGAGGCAGCGCUAAAGGAUGCGCUUACCAAAACUAUAACUCCUCCAGAGCCUACGAAAGAAAGUGUCAACCCUACAGAAAACGUAGGUGCAGUGCUUGAAGAAGACAAAAUACAAGAGAUAACUGCUCCCAAUGAUGUUCCUGAAACAAAUGUUGUUGAGGACAAGAAGAAUACUGCAGAGGAAGUACAAAUCGUUAAGACUUCUGAAAGUACCUCAAACAAUGAACUUGAAGAAGAACCGGAUCCUUUAAAGGAUAUUGAGAAAUUCAUCGAAGAUGGCGUCAACUUGCUAAAACGUGGCUAUAAGAUCGAUGACGAUAGUGUAGAUGAAGUUAUUUGCCCGAAAACAAAUCUUCCAAAAGAUGAACAAAAACCGGAUGUUACGGAAAAUGCAGAAAAACCACCGCCUGCGGUGGUGGAAGGUAUGACAACGCCGAGCGAAAGCAUAGCGGGCGACAUAACGCCAGUUGACAAAUCAUUCGAAGAUGUUUCCAACACACUCACUAAGAAUAUAUAUUAUGAGACACCGGCUGAUACACCAGUGGCCACGCCGACAACAACACCGCCACCAAAAAGUCCAGUUCAUGAUCCAGCAAUUGACGAAAUUACGGGCGUUCGACGUUCGCAUCGCAUCAAGCAAAUAACUAAGACACCAAAAGCGCUUGUGGGUCGUGGUUUGGUGCGCGAAAAAGAGCGAUUUUCCAUAAAAGACGAUGUCGAAAUGAAAACCCACUAUAGUCUGGAUGAUCAUCUGACAGAUUUGGCGCAAGUGGAGGCGAAGAAUGCUAAAUUCCUAAAAGAAAUGGAAGAGCGUCUGAGUAACUUCCAUGUGAUUAAGGAUAAUGAAUACAAAUGUGAGCGUGUUGUUAGUAGAGAAGCACGCAAGAUGUUGUGUGAUUGCUUCUUAACGGCGGAAGAGGAAGAACGUGGUGAGUUGGGCUGUGGUGAAGAUUGCUUGAAUCGCUUAUUGAUGAUCGAGUGUGGACCCGAUUGUAAUGUGAAAGAUCGCUGUACAAACAAACGUUUUCAGAAGCUGCUAUGUUCACCAUGUCGUGUCUUCCGUACGGAAAAGAAGGGCUUCGGUAUAAUGGCUGACAUUGAGAUAUUGCCUGGUGAAUUCAUUAUGGAAUAUGUCGGUGAGGUAAUCGAUGGCGAUGAGUUCGAGCAACGACGUACUGCAUAUUCGUUGGACAAAAAUCGUCACUAUUACUUUAUGGCAUUACGAAGCGAUGCCAUAAUCGAUGCCACUAUUAAGGGCAAUAUUUCACGCUUCAUUAAUCAUUCCUGCGACCCGAAUGCGGAGACACAGAAAUGGACUGUUAAUGGUGAACUACGGAUUGGGUUCUUCAGUCGUAAGUCCAUUAUGCCAGGUGAAGAAAUCACAUUCGACUACCAGUACCAACGUUACGGCAGAGAGGCACAACGUUGUUAUUGCGAGUCGGCUAACUGUCGUGGUUGGAUAGGUGAAGAACCCAAUUCGGAUGAGGGUGAACAAAUCGAUGACGACAGCGAUGCGGAUAACUUGGCCGAUGCUAGCGAUGAUGAGGAUAGUGAUGAUAGCACCACUGCAACGGGCAAAUCACUAAUAGGUGCCGAAGAUGGUAAAAUAAAAUCGGAAAGCAAAGAGAAAAAGAAAAAAGUGGGAGAUGAUGAGCAUAGAGAUGCUGAUGAUGAUACGAAGGCUAAGCUGAAAAAGCUAACAGGCAAAUCUGCUGACAAAGCACCACGAAAAAAGAAACCCAACAAAGAAAAGAAAGACAAGACACUGCGUAAAUCUGCUAUUGGUGAGCAAAAUAAAACGUCGCGUUACUUGGAAGAUCCAGACAUCGAAGAUGAGGUUAAAUUCCUUAGCCGCGGCGGACUUCGGAAUCAAUCGGACACUUUGCGGUUUUCACGUUUGGUGGUGCGCGCCAAAUUACCGCAGACACGCCUCAAUCUACUGAAAAUUCUACGCAAUGCCGAUUUGCCAUGCCGCCGGCUGUUUUUGGACUAUCAUGGAUUGCGUUUGUUGCAUGGCUGGAUGAGCGAAGAUGGCGGUGAUAUGGCGAUUCGUUUGUCACUGCUAGAGGCGUUGGAGAGUUUGCCCAUAGCAAACAAGACUGUGCUCACUGACAGUAAAGUCUAUCAGAGUGUACGAAAUUGGUGCGGCAAUGCGUUGUCCGCGGGCAGUGUCCAGACUGCCAAUGCUUCUUCGCCAAGUGACGAGUCUUCCAAGGAAAGCACAAGCAGUAAUUCACAGCAGGAGAUUGCCGGUAUACAGGAGGUACCUUCGGAAUUGCAGAAAUUAGCUUUGAAAUUGACCACCGCAUGGAAUAGUUUGCCCGAGAUAUUCCGCAUACCGAAACGUGAACGCAUCGAACAAAUGAAAGAGCACGAACGCGAGGCGGAUCGGCAGUUUGCUGAAGCUUCGGUGGAUACGAAUCGUGCGCUUGUAAGUGAUCGUUAUCAGCGCGAUCGUUUCGGACGCGGUCCUACCACUUCUCGUUACACCAAACCCAGUUUCAGCAAAGAUGGGCGUAACAAUAAUAUAACGGUUGUAGGCUCUAUGCCCAGCGGAGAUCCACGACGACGUUCAGCACACGAUAGCAAUGAAAGUAUGAAGCAUUUGUCGAAGGAACAGCGACGCGAGCUGUUUGCAGCCAAGGUGGCACGUGACGAAGCUGAAAAGCGAUUAGCCGAGGAGCGCAGAGAAUUCGAAACAAAAUGUCGUUUCUUUGGUUUGGACCCGAAGAAGACACGUUCGCAGGAUGUCCCCUUCUGUGUAGAUCCUUCAACGGGACAAUGGUAUUCGGUUGCGCGCCAACCUAUACCCACGCCACCAUGUUACGCACACGUGCAGGUGCAGCAAAAACCUAAAUCUACCGAUCCGGAAGAUUACAAGCUACCUGCAGUUGUCGCCAACCUACCGCGUCAAUGGAAAUACGCCAUUACAACUUUGGGUCAAAUCUAUUACUACCAUACGAAGCAAAAAAUAACGCAGUGGCACCCGCCAACGCUAGAGCAAUUGCAUGCUGCAGCCGAGGAAGCGGAUAGCUCAGACAGCGAGUCCUGUGAAGAAGCUAAACUGGCAAAUGAGAGCAGCGAGGAGGAUGACGUGCUCAUAGGUAUGGAUGAGGCGCAACUCAAGGCUUUUAUCGACAAGAAAGUGGAAAAUCGUAGACAUAAACGCUACACACGACUGGUAGAUCAGCGUCCGAUUAGUCCCCGCAAGGAGGAGGAUCGCAUUUACAAUCAAAUCGAGAUGCGCAAAUACAAAGAGAACAAAGAGAAAAUACGCAAACGUAAGGAAGAAAUACGUCGUAAGCGUGCUGAAGCGUUAAAAGCCGCAGCAAUGGGCGGCGUCGAUCCCAACGCUGUUGUGGAAAGUUUAAAUAACGAACUGGCGAAAUCCAAAAAUGCCGAGGACUCCGAUGAACCGGAUGGCGCAAUACCCAUACAAGACUAUUUGCUAUCAUCCGAUGAGGAGGAGAUUAUGAAGGAGGAAUGCAACAACAGUCCACUGCUGGAGAAAAUUGUGCAAGGCGAUAAGAUUGUCGACGAAUUGGAUGCGCUCACAACAAAACGCACGCUCAAGCGUACAUUACCGCCCCAUCGUGAUCCGAAUGCACCACCAGGCCAGAGUAGUAGCGGUAGUGGUGGCAGUGAGCAUAAGCGACGCAAAUCUGAGAAGAAAGAGAAAAGCAAAAAGAGCAAGGACUCAGACUCAAAGUAUCGCCGCAAUAAGGAAAAGUUCCGUUGUGAAAUUGCGGGAAUAAUUGUGCAACACUUAAAGCCAUAUCGCAAGGAAUCCUGUACGCUCGGCCGCAUACAGAGUGAUGAAGAUUUCAAUCAUCUAGCGCGCAAGCUGACACACUUUGUUAUGGUUAAGGAGCUGAAAUACUGCGAGUCUGUCGGUCAGACACUGGUCGUUACCGAAUCUGUUAAGAAUAAAUCCCGCGAAUUCAUCAAGAAGUACAUGGCGAAAUAUGGCGGCAUGUAUGUGAAACCCGCCAAUGAUCCAGAAUUUAAGGAGAUUCCAUUUACUAUUUAAACGUAUUUAUAAGUGCUUUAUUAUUCGAUGGCUACGCAUUAGGAAAAUACUGCUGGUAAGCGAAUUUCUAACUUAAACAAACAGCAAUGGAAUUUCGCUGACUCCAUAAUGGAGUGUAUUGUUUUUACUUUAUAUUUCAACAAUUGAAGCGUUAAGAUUUUUUAGCUGCAAAUUUGGUUGUGUCGAUAUUUGCAUUGUAGCAUACACAUUUGUACAUACAUACAUAUAUUGUUGACAAUUACGUUAAUUACCAUAAUUACUGUUUCAGCGGGCGACUUCGAAAUAUUUAAAUACAAUUUUAUUAUUAUUGUAAUGCUUAGUAUUUUGUUUUAGUUCUUAGUUUUAAACCAAUAUGUUAUGUAUUCCCUUUUUACAACGUGUGAACUGAGCUGUAUUUUUAGAGAAUACGAAAAUAUUGUUUCUCUGAUAUAUAAUUACAUUUUAUGCGCUAAACUAAAUGUAUAAUUAUGUAAAAGUUGCGACACAAAUACGCAACUAUAACUGUAGUUUCAAUAAAAGUGAAAUAAUCAAAACA